AUGCAGAUCUUCGUCAAGACCCUCACCGGCAAGACCAUCACCCUCGAGGUCGAGUCCAGCGAUACCAUCGACAACGUUAAGAGCAAGAUUCAGGAUAAGGAGGGCAUCCCCCCCGACCAGCAGCGCCUGAUCUUCGCUGGCAAGCAGCUGGAGGACGGCCGUACUCUCUCCGACUACAACAUCCAGAAGGAAUCCACUCUUCACUUGGUGCUGCGCCUGCGUGGCGGUAUGCAGAUUUUCGUCAAGACCCUCACUGGCAAGACCAUCACCCUCGAGGUCGAGUCCAGCGAUACCAUCGACAACGUUAAGAGCAAGAUUCAGGAUAAGGAGGGCAUCCCCCCCGACCAGCAGCGCCUGAUCUUCGCCGGCAAGCAGCUGGAGGAUGGCCGUACCCUGUCCGACUACAAUAUCCAAAAGGAAUCCACUCUUCACUUGGUCCUGCGUCUCCGCGGUGGCAUGCAAAUCUUCGUUAAGACCCUAACCGGGAAGACCAUCACCCUGGAGGUGGAGUCGUCCGACACCAUUGACAACGUGAAGUCCAAGAUCCAAGACAAGGAGGGCAUCCCGCCCGACCAGCAGCGUCUCAUUUUCGCUGGCAAGCAGCUGGAAGAUGGCCGCACCCUGUCCGAUUACAACAUCCAGAAAGAGUCCACCUUGCACCUCGUCCUCCGUCUCCGUGGUGGUAUGCAGAUCUUCGUCAAGACCCUAACCGGGAAGACGAUCACAUUGGAAGUGGAGAGCUCCGACACGAUCGACAACGUCAAGUCGAAGAUUCAGGACAAGGAGGGCAUUCCCCCGGACCAGCAGCGUCUCAUCUUCGCUGGUAAGCAGCUGGAAGAUGGGCGCACGCUCUCGGAUUACAACAUCCAGAAGGAGAGCACUCUGCACCUGGUCCUCCGUCUCCGUGGGGGCAACUAA